GAAUCUCCCAGAUGCUAUUCGUCUACUCACCAUGCUCACCUCGCUCGCAGCCUGACUGCCUGCUCUGAAAGUCUCCUGCUAAUUGCAGACUUACUGCUUGCUACUCUUGCAAUCGGCUCGCUUUUCCUUUCAAAACUUCCACCCCUCCCUCGCUCGAUGCUGGCGCAGCGAGUCCUCUAGCCGGGCGAGACUAGCUUCCGCUUCGUAUGCGCCCGAGCCAGCCACGUUAAUCCCCCCAACCAUCGAGCCCUUGCUACCCCGGACGCUGCCGUUAUAGGCUGUCGCUGCGAUGGACGAAAUCUCAGCAUAUCUCAUCGAGGAGAUUGCCAUGGACGGCGAGUCUGGCACGGACAAGAAGCGCUUUGCCCAUUUCAUACGGAAGUUUCAUCAGGAGCGUCAUACGGAGCGACCGGACGAGCCAAUGAAUACGGUAGACGACCUGUACGUGAACAGUGUCUGGAAAGUCUUCUCCAAGCAACCCCGCAUCAACAUCGGUCGAAGGGUGCCUGCAGCUAGUGGAUCCGGUAGCGCGGGUCUAUCGAAGCAGGGUAAAGGUAUCAAGAAGCUCAAAUCCGACUUUGCGUCUUUCGUAGACAAGGUUGAGAUACUUUCGAAAGACCGACCGGAGACAUUUCAGGACCUAUACAGUGAGGAAUAUGGCGACGAGGUCAGGAUCGUUGUCGAUGAAGCGCUCGCUCGCUUGAAAAUUACCGGUUCCACGAAUGAUAAAUUGGUCACUGGAGCGACCUACGCUACCUUGCAGAUUGCGGCUCGCGCGCGGGAAGAAGCAGUGGCCUCUACUGAGAUUGGCCGACUGACAGGUUUCGAUGCCAAGACAGUCUUCUCCUUCCUCAAGAAGCUGAUCGAGCUAGAGCUGGUGGUCAAAUUCAAAGUCAACGAGAAUCGGACCUCUACCAACUAUGUGCUCCACCGUCGCUAUUGGAAUAAGAGCCCGCGCUGGCUUGCUAUUGCUGAAGCCGAGGCAGAAGCCUCAGCCGUCGCUGCCGGGAACGAAGCUGUUACAAGAGAGGGCAGCAUGGCUCCGGAUGAGGGAGAAGACGGAGGGAAUAUAACAGCUAGGGAGGCGUCCCCCGUGGACGAGCCGACGCAGAUGCCUUUUCGGGACAACGAACUCGACAGCGACUCUGAUGAUGGCGCGGAGGCGGAUUCAGGUGACGAGAGCAGGGGUGUCUUGCCCAGCUCUGAGCUGCAGGGCAUGCUGUCAUAUCCCCGCAUGACUCCUUCGCGAGCACUCACGGUGGCAAGCAGCCCAGCCCUCCUCCGUGGGCGGCUACUGAAGCUGAUGGACAAGUGCAAGUCUCACGUAGUCGCUAGGCCUAGACUGUGGGAGCGUCUGGGCUUCGAGCACGGCACGAGAAGGGAGCGCAAAGUCUUCAAUGAGGUCGUUCGGCGACUAAUCAAUCUCCGCGACAUAGAGUACGUCUUUGUGGAUAUCGAAGGACGCAAGCCACUUGCGUGUCUCCGACUUACUGAGAAAGGUCUAGAGGAAGCCCGGAAUGAAGGCGCAGCGGCUCGAGAUGCCGCCACAAAGGCGAAAGAGAUGCACCUUGAGGAGCAACUCAGAAAGGCAGACUUUGCCUAUCGAGCUCAUGUCACGUUCGAGCGUCAGAUCGUCGAUGUCAUCAACUCUUCGGGAGCUGCAGGUGCCACCGUCACUGACAUUGCUAAUCGCCUCAGCUUCUCGGACAAUACCAGGCGUCACAUAGACGAGUAUCUGCGCAAAACAGAUGAAGGCGGACCCGACGUCAAUGCACAGGACUUGUUCAUUGAAGGAGCGAAGGAGAUGUUUGGUCGCGAACGACGCAUUCGCUACUGGACCAGACCCGGCAUCAUCCAGCAUUAUCGGGGGCAGGCGGAGCAGACAGUCAUUCUGCAAGAGCAGAUUGAAGCUUUUCAGGAUGUCAAUCUGGAUAAGCUGACAAGCUUCAAUACCCCCAACGACGAGCGGACCUACAGCAAUGCUGCAGAGCUCUUUGCAGAGCUCUCUCAGCCGCUCGAGGAGCGUGCCACUCCGAGCGGACCUGCAGGGAAGGGUGACUCAGGCGCGACCCCGAAACCUGCCAAGGUACGCAAAACGCCAGUGAAGGAUCCCAAUAAGCAGAGGAAUCCAAUCGAUCCUGUCACAGGGAAGGUGCGCAAGGGUAGGCCUCGCAAGAUCGACCAAGCAGCCAAGCGGGGUGCUGCUGAGGAAGGUGAAGGCGCUCCGCCCAAGAAGAAGCCCAAGGCUGGCAAAAGCGCUGCAGCAGAUCCAACCCCUGUGUCUUCGGAACAGCUGCCAGGUCCCUCUACUUCUACGACUUCCGUGACACAGCCAGCAGAAGCGGACGAAGCGCAACGCAACGAUGUAGCUCCUGCAUCUGACGAGAUUCAGCAUCUUGCGUCUACUUCAGCUAUCACUGAUGACUCUGCUAUUCAGCUAUCGUCAGCCGUCAACGAGGAUCAUGCAUCAGCUGCUCCAGAUUUUGGAGACCCUGAGCCUGUAGUCGACUCGGCCAACAGUGUCAAGAUGGAGGACUUGAGUGACUCAGCGGACCAGAAGAGCACACCUGCCUCUCGGCGAGCCGCACGGCGUCGCAAUCCCCCGGCAAAGUCCCGUCUCAAUCUCUCCGCAGAAAGACGUUCACGACUACUGCUAGACUUGCUGGAUGCCAAUGGGGGUAUCAUCGACGAGAUGGAUUUCAAUGCGAAGUUCGAAAUGUUUGUCAAUGAGAGGGAAGGCGAGAAUGCUGAUGCGUACCUGAACGACGUAGGUGACCUGCGAGAGAUCAAGACACGACGCAGGGUGUACGAUGCUCUGACCUCGCGGGGAUCUGUAGGUGUCAAGACAACGAUGGCUCCCAUGAAGAGAGGCGGAGGGUACGCCCAGCGCAAGAUCAUCUACAAAACUGAUCUUCCAGCCGAGGUCGUUGACGAGUUCCUGCAGGAGAUUGCCGCCGGCAGGAGGACGCGACAGCCCAACCAGUACGUCGCACGAGCAGAGACAUCACGCAAGAUUGCCCUUGGCGACAUGGACGCCGCUCAGGCUGAAGCACUGGCGGCAGACCACUUGCUUGCUACCAAGCCUCUGCACGAGCUCCUCGAGGAUUCCAGCACCCGCGCAAUGUUCUCCCAGUCCAGAGUUAUUGUCUCACAGCAGUAUGGCUUAAUUGUGGGAUCGAUUGGAAAGCUCAGCUACCUUCACAAGUAUCUCAUGAGAGCUCUGGAGCUCGAGACCGAGGAACAGCAAGGUGGCAUCGGUGUAACGUCUAGGAAGUAUGGAGUCAUUGACAUCGACGCAAUGAUGAACCACGCCCCGCUGGAGGUCUUCACUAAGCUCAAGGCCCCUCAAGCUGACUCUCCGGACUUGACGACCGCCCUCGCUGACCCUCUCUUGCGGUCAAAGCCCGUCUGCGAGCAGAGUGAGGCCGUGCAAAGCAGCUUGGAGGUGAGCAUCGAAGGCAGUAAUCGCAGCUACUUCGAGCAGCUCGUUGCAUCCCUCUAUCUACUGGGGCUGGCCACGCCAGUGGAGGACUUUCGACCUGAAGCGGACGGCAUUCCGCUUGUCGCUGCUGCAGGACUGCGGGAUCAUCCUUCUUUGUACCGCUUCAAAUUGGACGAACGACUCAUGGUCGCCCUUCGCAAAGAAGCGGACCCAGGUCCUGCUGAAAUGCGUUCGCUUGCCGACGCGAAUACCUUUUGGCAUAAUCUCUUCCGGCAGAAAGAUGUCUGCUGUCGUGAGAUGUCACAUACCUUGCGCCACUAUCACCAGCACACAAGUCUUCCCGAAUGGGUCAAGGCUCCGUUGAGUCUUUUGACAUAUCGCCUCGGAAAAUCUUCAAGCUGGAACACUGGCUAUCAAUUGUCGAAGAGACAGUCGAACUUUAUUCUGCGCUUCAUUGACUAUCCCGAAGGAGCACUACGCGGCAGCAUCCUCGAUGACCCGGGGAUGCUGGAGCAAUUGUCAUCCAUCACGAUGGCACCGACGUGGGUCAUAGAGCAGCGGAUACGCAAGGCUCUCGGUCCGGCGCCUAAGAAGAGUAGUGUGAAACAUUCAAAGCCCUCGAGCAAACGGGCCAGGCCUUCCAAGCAGAAGGAAGAUGACUCGUCUGACAGUGCUCCUGAGGACACUUCAGCAGCCAUCCACGCGUACGGCGGGAGUGAAGCAGAGCGGCGAGCUGCUCAAUUGCGUAGGGCUCGGGCUAUCGAAUGGAUCAAGAACUUUGAAGAGAUGUGUCAGACCCAUAAUAUCGACGGCAUGCGUCAUAUGAUGCUCGAGGAAGCCACCCGUCAGCUCAAAGGCCAAUUCCUGGAUACUGGCGAUGCUUUCUUGCUCCAGAUGCUAUCUGCGAUGGUUGAAGAGGCCCUUCGUCCUCCCCCAGCAGAUGACAGCAUUGACGCUGCAGGCGAAGGAGCCUCCGUGCAGAACGACAGACCAGGACGAGACCGCCAAUCAAGUCCAGAAGGUGUGCAGAAUCCCGACUUGUUGGGCAGGAAAAGGCGGAACAAGAUCGCCUGGACCAGAGAAAGUGACGAGCUCUUGAGAGAUGCCGGAAUGAUCUUGACUGUCCGAGACGCAUUCCGCAACAAUCGCUCCAAUUGGGCAGUGGCCAAGGCCUUGUUUCCCGACAAGUCGCCUAUUCAGAUCAGGAAGCGAUUUGUCGAAGUACUCUCUCAAGCUGUUGGAGAUGCGGCUUACCUGACUCAGCUUGGCGUCGAAUGGCAGAAGCUCUGGGAACUUUACCGCGGGACGUCGAUCCUUCCUGACCGUGAUCCUCGCAAGGCCGAUGGGUUCGACCUUCGCGUCCAUGUCGACUUUCUCAGGCAACACAUCGACAAGGAGGAGGUGCAGCGGACUGUCGAGCUUGCCGCCACCACAGCGAAUCUCACGCUCGCACUGGAGGACUUCGGAGGACAGUGGAUCCUCAAAGAGACACGAGCACUCCCACCAGCUGCGGUGCACAAUCCUGAUCAGCAAAUCACGCAAGUCAAUCGAACGGAAGCACUGGUCUCCCAUACGUUCACCGUUCCUAACGGCACACCCGAAGGUGGUGCUGAUGAAGACGCGGACAUGGUAGACGAAGACCUGAUGUUUGAGCGUCAGCUCUGUGCUGUCAAGAUGUCGAUCGACACUCCUUCUCACUUAUGGAACGAAGCCGCCGCCGUCGACUUUGUCAUGGGCGUAGGCGAACGUCAGAUAGGCGAGGCGUGCAAAGCGAUGCUCGACGAGAGAUGUAUUCGACUCGCUAGCUCAGAGGGUCGUCGGCUCCCCGGUCGCAACUUUACAUACACAGACGACUUCGUCAAGCGUAGACAGAAUUUGCCUGUACCUGUUGCGGACCUUGCUAGCCAAUCUAUCGCGGCUCAAAGGUCUCUCACUCAGCAGCUGGAAGAUGAAGAUGAGGUUGAGCUGCUGAUGGAUGACGAGGUCGGGAAUACCGUUGCCACCGUGCAGCUGCUACACAAUGGCACCGUCGAGUCUCUCAUCGAUCUCGAGCAGCUUCAGCUGCUUAAGAACGAGACCAAGUUCAACUGUAAGGCUCUCAUCGACCAGGAUGUCGAGGUCGGUAUCAAGCUCAUCAAGAUUGCCGGCGGCGACACUAACGGGCGCUCCGAGACGACUGAUCUGACCAAGUCACUUGCUCUUGAGGCACCACCCCGUCCAGAGCGAUUGAGUCCAGCUGAUUGGUUGCCUUACUCCGAGACCAUGCCUCGCCUCAGGGAUGCCGCUUUCGAGAGCGUUGCCAAAGGCGCACGAGGCAAGCGCGACAGCGCAACCGCAGAUAGCAUCCAGCAGUUCAAGGUCGCCCUCGACUCAGCUGGUAAGGUCGGCAUCCCCCUCAGCCAGGUGCAGAUUGACGGUAGCAUCCUCGGAAAGCUCCUUCAGCAGUCUUCUCGGACUUCACCAAUGGCUUUCCUCGCAGGUUACGAUUGUCCUCGCAUCAUCUCGGCCUUGUAUCUCAAGGAUUGGGCUGUAAAGCUGGCGUUGAAGGACACGUGGGUGAUGCCACGAUGCUGGGUAGCAAUGGAGGGGCAAUUCAUCGAGCAGAGAUGGCGUGAAGGGGUCGAACAGAUCAUUGGGCACCUUUUCGUAUAUUGCGGAGCUACUAGGGCCCGACUCUGCGAGCUCCUCUCACCACAGUGGGACCGACUCGAAGUCUGCGAUUUGAUCAGAGGCGCCUGCUCUACAGGCGUAGUCGAGCAGCGCUUCAUUUGCCUCUCGUCUGGUGAGACGUUUACAGGUCUCGAUGCCGAGUAUCGUGCCAAGACGGAUGAGGAGAUCUUUGUGGCGCCUACGAGGGCGCGGGAGGGCAGGUCGGGCAGACCUUGGUAUGGGUUUGUGAUGGAGGAGAGCUUUGAGUGAUGAUAAAGAGAGAAUGUGCAGAGCCAGUGGAAGUAAGUCAUGCUUGUCGGGGAGUCAUGCCUGUAGAUACCCGGGAUGUCACCUCGUUGUGACAGAUUCAGAUUCCCAUCAUGAACCCACGUUUCCUGAGCUCUGAUUUGAUUGGUGAUACAGUAGUGGUAUUGCUGUAGGCUGGCAACGCCUGCAAAGGGAACUCUAUAAGUCAAGGGGCAAACCGGUCGAGCAUUCCUCGUAUCUCC